AUUCGAUUAUAUUCACUCAUUCUAUAUUUUUCCGUUUGUUGGUUUUGUUUAUUUCACUAACUUUCUCUAUCUAUUCACUUCACUGACUUUCUCUUUCUUCUUUUUUGAUUCUCACCGGAGGAAUAAUCGACGUCGGCGGAGUGAUUUUGGUUCAGCUGAUGACCGUUCGAUUAGCGGAGUUUUGAAUUUUCACGGUUUCGAUUUUGUCGCCGGAUGGAGGGAGGUAGCGACUCUACUGCCUUAUUUGUUAUGGGAUAUGCCAAUGGAUUAUGAUGACAAUGAUAUCUCGCGCCAUAAUCUUCAGCUAGCUAGUGAAGGUAGAACUAGAACUUCCUCUGCAUCGAGACCAUAUGAUUUUCCGAAGUUUGAAUUUGAUGACAGUCUACAAGGACAUCUAAGAUUUGAUAGUCUAGUUGAAACCGAGGUAUUUUUGGGUAUUCAAAGUCAAGAAGAUAACCAGUGGAUUGAAGAUUUCUCUCAAAGCGCUAAUGGAAUGGAGUUCAAUUCAACUCCAGCUGAUUCUUGUUCAAUUUCUAGACGGAAUAAUGUUUGGUCUGAGGCAACAUCAUCUGAAUCGGUCGAAAUGCUUUUAAAAUCUGUCGGUCAGGAAGAGAUGAUUCCUGGGGCAACCACUGUACAAGAGUCAGAUGCCACCAAGGAUCAAGGUACCCCUAGUACACUUAUAGAGACCAGUAAUAAUCUUAAAGAGAAAAAUGAUGCAUAUGUUGCGAACUCUAAUGCUACAAUACUGCCUUGUGAAGUUCAUGAAGAAUAUCCUUCUGUAAUAGGUCACAUGGAACAGCUGGAGAACCCUUCAGCCCCUCAUGCUAGCAAAGCAUCUACUUGCAGAAAUUCCAGUAAUUUGGAUCAGAAUGCCUUGUGUGGAAAUGGUGGGACAUCAAUGAAUGAAGGUAAACAUUCCCAUAAUAUUGAUUGUCGUAGUGAAAGUAUAGAGAUAUCCAAAAUAUCUUUGGAGAAGACUUUGAAUUGUGGGGCUGGAGGAGAUUCUUUGAGUUUUUCAAGUAUUCCCGACAAUGUUAAAUCAACAGUCAGUACAGUUAGCACCUUAGAAGCCUGUCACCAAGUUAACUCCAAUGUCUUCCAUGAAAGAGGGAUUAGCGAUGGACAUGAAAAUCAUGUUUCCCCUAUGACAGCUCUGGAUGACUCUGUUGUUCUUGAAGGUAAGGAAAAUGCUGCUAGCAUUCCUUUCUGUACAGCCAGAAGUUCUGUUAGUUUCCUUCCCGAGUCUGGAAGAGGCUGUCAGGAAGCGAAGCUUGAUUCUGUCAGAGAGAGUAUAAAUGUUUUAGUCAAAGGAGAGUCCGAGAUAAAAUCAUCUGAAGAUGAUAAGAACACAUCAUUCAUCACUUCUACUCACACUUUGGGACAUGAACAUGUUUUGACUACAAAUAAUGAGACAGAUAAGUCAUAUGAUGAUUGUCAGGGUUCUAUAGAAGCUAUUGCGGAGCAUUCCGUAGAGUUUGGCAACCUUAGUUCUGGACACUGUGCAAGUACUGAGCAAAUAUUAGAUUCUAGUGAGCAGUUGUCUGAAAAAUGCGGCAACGACAAUACGGAAGUUGUAUCAGUGGGUCCAUUGAAUUCUGAGAGUAUAUCUGAAGUUCCUUUGCCUUCCAUGGAAGGGAAUGAAGUCUCAAAUGCACUAGGUGAUUCUAUUGGUAAUGCUAAUUUUAGUUAUUCGUCUGAUAUGACCGUCAUAGCUUCUGUUGCCAAUGUUAAAUGUAUCAAUAGUUCUGAAGGAACAUUUGAUGACACUGUUGUUGCCAAAGAAGAAUCUGGUGCAAAUUUACUUACUUUGAAUAUGAAUGGUUCCAUUCAAGUUAGUCAAGAGAACAUUGAUAAGAAGGAGGCUGAUUUUUCUGAAAAUGAAAAAGAUAUAUGUAUAUCUAAGGAGGCAGAUAAAAAUGUAUCUAUUGACCCUCAGCAUAGGGAUUUUGAGAAUAUUGAAACGCCAAAAAUUGGCCAGGGAAUUCAAUCUCUAGAAAUUGGUGAAGGAGUCGAAGGUAAUAGUGAUGUUCAUCACUCGCAGCUUCAAAUUUCUGACAUACCGGAAUCAGGAAACGAUGAUUCUCCUUGUGUGACUAUCAGUACUUCAACCUCACCAGAUGUUCACCCUGUGAUUGCACAAAGGGAUUCUGCUGCAAUUGGUAAUAGUGAUGAUCACAAAGACGAUGUAACGAAGAAAAUUUGUGAUGUAAAUUUGGGAGCCAAAGUCGAUAAGGCUUCUAUGGUUGAAGAUAGCAUGACAGAUGGAACUGUGUCGAUCCCAGUUUCUGAAAUGUCGCAGCAACAUGUGGAAAAAACAGAACAUGGUUGCUGCAUAACACCUUCGUCAGUUAAGGACUCUUCAUUUUUGGAUCAUCCACAGUUUGACUCUGUUAGCAACAUUUCAAAUUUGAAGGAGAGUGCUGAUGCGGAUUUAUUGAAUGUUCAAAGUCUUGAGAAAACUAUGACUAAUGGGGAAGAUGAAUCUACACAAACAACAGAGAUUCACAAGGCUUUCUGUGGUUCUCCUACCAUAAUCAGCUCAAGUGAGCCUUCUCUAACAGAGAAGGAUAACCAAGAUGAAGGUAAAGGUAAUCAAAUCACUAAUGAGUCUGAGGACUCAAAAAGAAAUGAUCAAAUGAGAGAUGAUAACAGCUUUACUUUUAAAGUCAAUGCAUUGCCAGAGACAACUGAUGGUGAACCUGAAAAGAAAUGGUCUCCUUUCACUGAUGUCAAGAAAGGCAAGGUUAUGGAGGAGACUGCACCAUCUGGCAAAGCUAAGACUCAAAGAAAACCGUCACAGAAAACUCCUCGCCAGAAUGCUCGAGUGUCUGAUGGAGAUGCUGGAACUGGAACUUCUAAAGGCACUUCCGAACGUAAAGGGCGACGAGGAUCUGCCAGAGGAGCAUCAAAGGAGGAUGUUAAGAAGGGGAAUCAAUCAAAGCGUCCCAACCAGGAGAAUGCAUCUGCAGAAGUGGAUAAAGUUUCCAAGAUUAUGUUAAGUACGCCUCCACAAGUUCAGCUUGUACAGAUGCAGUCCUAUGGGAAUAUUGAAGCAAGUGACAAAAAAUCCUCUGGUGUUUCUGUUCCCGCUGUGCCUACUUCAAAUCUACCCGAUCUAAAUUCUUCAGCUUUGAAAACUAGUACCACUCUAUCAACAGCAUUUCGACAGCCUUUUACGGAUUUGCAGCAAGUUCAAUUGCGGGCACAGAUAUUUGUUUAUGGAUCUCUAAUUCAAGGGACUGCUCCUGAUGAAGCCUGUAUGGUUUCAGCUUUUGGGCCAUGUGAUGGAGGACAUAAAACUUGGGAACCAAUUUGGCGAGUUACCGUCGAAAGGGUUCGAAAUAUAAAAUCUAGCUCCACUACUGCCGAAACACCUCGGUCACAGUCAGGCACUAGGGUCUCGGAUGCUGGUAAGCAAGGUUCGCAUUCAAGCAAUGGGCUAGCAACGCCAGUAAGUAGGGUAAGCAGCAAGGAUACAACUGCAGCUUCUUUAAGUCCAAUAAUUCCUCUAUCAUCACCUCUUUGGAAUAUUUCUACACCUUCUCGCGAUAGUUUGGCAUCAAAUGCAAUUACUGCAAUGCAUAAAGGUCCUGUUGUGGAUUUCCAGCAAGCAGUUACACCUAUGCAUCCAUAUCAGACUCCACCAAUUAGGAAUUUUGUUGGCCAUACAUCUUGGCCAUCACAAACGAACUUCCCUGGAUCAUGGUUGCCCUCUCCACAAACUUCUCCCUUCAGUUCAAAUUUUCGAUUCCAUCCUGUGACUUUGACUGAGACUGUUAAACUAACCCUAGAUAAAGAUACUCCUGUGGCAUUAAAUUCUACUGUGAAGCAAACAACGGCUAGUACUGCUCUUCCCAGCCCGGCCUUGGGAGGAGUGUCUCCGCAUUCUGCCUCAAAAUUGGUACCCUCAUCUGUGCAGCAUUCUAUAGAUGCAAAGCCUAGGAAGAGAAAAAAGGCUCCUACUUCUGAUCUCGGUCAGAUCUCUUUAGUUUCCGGAGCUCAAAAAGAAGCUGUGAUAAUUCCUAGUGUGGCUCUUCUCCCAACUUCACCUCCAAAUGUUGCACCACCUACAUCUUGGACCUCAGGUGCUAUUUUGAGUAAACCAGCUGAUGCGUCAAGAGUUUCCGUUGAUCAUCCUAAUAAAGAUAUUCCAGACACAGUAAAAGCUGUGGCUUGUUCAGAAGAGAUUUUGGGUAAGGUCGCAGAAGCUAAGAGUCAGGCAGAGGAAGCUGCAGAUCUUGCUACGGCCUCUGUUAGUCAUUGUGAAGAUUUGUGGAGCCAGUUAGCAAAGCAAAAGGACUCUGGAUUCACCUCCGAAGCUGAAGCUAAAUUAUCUUCGGCGGCAGUUGCAAUUGCAGCUGCUGCGUCAGUUGCUAAAGCAGCGGCGGCGGCUGCAAAGAUUGCUUGUAAUGCUGCAAUGCAGGCAAAGCUAAUGGCUGAGGAGGCAUUUCUUUCUAGUAAAACUUAUGGCAUGGCUUCUUCAAGUGGGAAAAUUUCUAUUAAUGAACAUGAUCCAGGAAAUGCUACACCAGCAUCGAUUUUAAAAAGCAACAGUGUCACCAACCAAUCAAGUUCAAUUCUUGUAGCAGCCAAAGAAGCUGCUAAGAGGAGGGUUGAGGCGGCUUCGGCUGCUUCUAGACAAGCUGAAAAUUUGGAUGCAAUAGUGAAAGCUGCGGAGCUUGCUGCAGCUGCAGUAUCCCAAGCUGGGAAAAUUGUUGCCAUGGGUGAGCCUUUGCCUUUGAAUGAUUUAAUUGAAGCUGGUCCUGAAGGCUACUGGAAAGUAUCACAACCUAUUGCUGUGGUGGCUAAAACAGUGAAUGAUGGGAAAACGGCACAGUCAGGUCCUGUUAAUUUCGAAAAAGCCGGUGAUGUACUUACAGGUAUAUCUGCAGAAGAUUUUGUUGACAAGGGAGCACCUAGGAUUGUAGGUGUACAUGAUAUACAUGCAACAGAUGGACCAAAUGGCUAUUCAAAUGAUACGAGUUCCCCUAUUUGCAUAUCUUCCAAACAUGGAGAGGGAAAGGACUUAAAAACUGUGACUGACCAUGAAGUUUUUGACACAUCGAAAUCCGGCAAAGUGACUCCAGAACUUGAUGCUCUCCAGAAAACCACUAAUGUUAAGAAUAAGCGUGCUGAUUUGCUUACACAUGCUGAGGAUCACAUCAAGGAGGGUUCUCUUGUUGAGGUUUUUAACCCAGGAAGUGUUCGGAAGGCUGCCUGGUAUACUGCAAAUAUUUUGAGUUUGGAAGAGGGAAAAGCUUGUGUAUGUUACAAUGAUGUUCCAUCACAAGAAGGUGAUGGAAAUCUUCAGGAGUGGAUACCUCUUGAUGCUGAAGGGGAUAAGGCUCCUAUUUUGCGCCCUGCCCAACCUUUGUCAUCUUUGCAACAACAACAAACUAGAAAGAGACGCCGCGCUGCUCUUGGAGAUUAUGCUUGGUGUGUUGGAGAUAAGGUUGAUGUUUGGAUUGAUGACAGCUGGUGGGAAGGUGUGGUGACUGAAAAAAAUGAAAAGGAUGAAACUACCUUGAAAGUUCACAUUCCAGCCCAAGGUGAGACGUCAACUGUGAGGACUUGGAAUCUGCGGGCAUCACGUUUGUGGAUUAAUGGGAAAUGGAUCGAAUGGUCUUCAAGAGGCCAAAAUUCUUCUGAACAGGGUGACACACCACAAGAGAAGCGCCAAAAGUUGGGAAAAGCUCCAAUCGGCGCCAAAACAAAGGAUAAAGAAUCAAAUAAUUUAAGUUCAACUGUGGGGGAACCUGAACAAUCGAAACCUUUAACUUUGUCCACUACUGAGAGAACAUUUGACAUUGGUAAAACUACCAAUGAUGAUAGCAAACAUGCUGCACGCAGACCUUUGAGAACAAACCAGCAGAAGGAAGGAUCAAGAGUAGUUUUUGGAGUUCCUAAACCAACUGGGAAAAAGCGGAAAUUCAUGGAAGUUAGUAAACAUUUUCCUGCAAAUAAGAGCAACAAGAGUAGUGAAGUAAAUGACUCCAUCAAAUUUGCAAAAUUUUUGAUGCCACAAGGAACUGCUUCACGAGGAUGGAAAACUGGUGUUCCGUCAAGAAGUGACACCAAGGAAAAAAAAGUAGUUGAAUCCAAACCCAGAGUUCUUAAUACUCGUAAAGCUCAUCGCACCCUUCCUCAAAUGGAGACUUCCAGAACUAGAAUGGGUCUAAAUGCCGGCAACACGGUGGAACAUGGGCCUGACGUGGAGGACUCUGUUAUUCAUGAUGAGAAUACAUCAGAGAGAUCAAUAAAUCAUGGUUCCAAUGCCUUUGAAGAGGCAACAGAAGCUCCAUUGUCAUCUUUGCUUUCACAUACUGUGAGCACGUCUAAGAAGACCUCGUCAAAUAUUAAAUCUGAUCGACUAAAUAGAGGAAGACUGGGGCCUUCUGGUGGAAAGUUGAGUAAAAUAGAAGAGGACAAAGCAUUUUCUGCUACAACUGUUAAUUCGACCCUUGAUUCUUCUGAGCCUCGUAGAUCUAAUCGCAGAAUUCAGCCUACGCAUAGACUACUAGAAGGUUUCCAGAGUUCUAUGGUAAUUCCUAAAAUGGCUUCUGUUUCACAUGACAAAGGCCGCAGAAACUUGCCAGCUAGAGGAAGAUGACUAUAGCUGACAAGCUAUCAUGAGUUUCGACCAAUUUCGGGAAAAGCAGAGAAGGCUACUAAUUGUUUUAGUCCACAGGCAAUAUAUUUAUAGUUCACUUGUUUUAGGAUCUUAGAACUUGAAUUGCUCGGUGUAGUUUCUAGUUGUAAAAUCUGUUUUAUAGAUGUUUAUAUUUGAUUGUAGGUGCUUUGAAAGUGGAUCCUACUUUCGGAUCCCGACUUGAAACGGUUGUACAUGAUUGCACUUGGUAUAGAUAGGCUUUAAGAUGCCUUUCUAA